GUGGGAAUUUGUGGUGUAUGAAUGGAGGACAAAGGAGGGAUUGGUCCAAGUGGGGUCACAGUUAAGGGAGAUGAAGCUCCUGAUAGCUACCGCUUGGCCCCAAGAACUGAGUACCAACAAAACCCUAGCCCUAGCCCUUUACCUGGUCCCACGGCUGCGACCGCCGCUCCUCCACCUCCGUCCUCCGCCGUGUCUCAUCCUCCGGUGACCUCCACCACGCCGCCGUCAGGCGUCGUCGGCACCGGCUCUGACCCGACGAAGAAGAAGAGGGGGAGGCCGAGAAAGUAUGCUCCAGAUGGAACUCUGAACCCGAGAGCUUCUUCUACACGACCCGCUCUCUCUCCAAUGCCCAUCUCUUCCUCGAUUUCGUUGUCCGGAGAUUACUCUAAUUGGAAACGAGGAAAAGCUCGGCCUGUUGACCUGGUCAAGAAAUCUCACAAGUUUGAUUAUGAAAGCCCAGGUCCGGCGCUUUCAUAUUAUGUCGGUGCAAAUUUUACAACACAUAUCUUCACAGUUAAUGCUGGCGAGGAUGUGAUGAUGAAGGUUAUGUCAUUUUCACAGCAAGGGUCCCGGGCUAUCUGCAUUCUUUCUGCAACCGGAUCGAUCUCUAAUGUUACUCUCCGUCAACCUACGACUUCCGGUGGCACUCUCACAUAUGAGGGUCGUUUCGAGAUACUUUCUUUUACGGGUUCUUUUAUGCCUAUUGGAAACGGAGAAACAAAGGGCCGUUCUGGUGGGAUGAGCAUCUCUUUGGCCGGUCAAGACGGCCGUGUUGUCGGAGGUGGCCUUGCCGGCUUACUUGUCGCCGCCGGUCCUGUUCAGGUGAUAAUGGGAAGCUUCAUUGUGGGUCACCAAGCGGAACACAAACAGAAGAAACCUCGGAUCACGGAGGCUGUCUCCGCUCCUCCUCCACUGUUGCCACCGCCACCCAGCUUCACGAUAACGACCGUGAACACGACGAAACCCGCAACCGAAGAACUGAGACAGCAGCCUUAUGGCGGCGGCAGCAGUGGUGUAGGAGUAGUGAAGCCGACGAUACAUACAUCUUCCUCUUUCCUUAUCAACCAGAGUUCGGCUAUAAACCCUACCUUCCAAGGGUUCGGGAAUCUGAACGCCGACGAGGAUUCUCAUUCGCUCGGGGAUGAUUCCCGAGACACCCCGAGCCAGUCUAACUGUGAGCUUUCGAGUUAGAGCGAAAGGGGUUGCGCACCUUGUUCUGGGUCCGGCAUUGUAACAUCAGAUGGGGUUGGGGGGGAGUUUUCUUGUGUAGAGAAGAGAGCUUCCCACCGGGAAAGAUCCGGUCUUUAAAUUUCUUUUUAAUUUUAGGGUUGUGGGGUUGGCGUUAAGGUGAAUUAUCUGAGAGUUUAGGGUUUUGUUUGUGAUAAAGUUAGGGUUCUUUUGUCAUGUCUGAUCUUAUGAGUGUAGCAUUUUGGAUUCUUGUGUCUGAUUUUUAUUAUGUCCGCAAAGUCUCUGUAAAACUGAAUGAUCGGAUUUCUAUUAGAUGAUGUUUUCGGUUUG